UUAGAAGGCACAAUUUUCAGGAGAUGAAGACUGAGUGAUCACAGUCCAGAGUCCAGACCUUCAAUAUCAAAAUUUCAAAAAUUUGAAGAAUCUGAGGGUGUAGAGAGCAAUUUAUGCAAAAAUGGGUGACAAUUUGAAGGACAAAGUGAAUCAAUUAGGCGAGCGGUUGAAGGUUGGGGGGUCUGAGGUGGGGCAAAAGCUCACUGCUCGAAUGAGCUCAAUGAGUUUCAAAAUGAAGGAAUUUUUCCAAGGUUCUAGUCAGACAGACAGUUUGAUCGAGGAAGCCACGGCUGAGACUCUGGAUGAGCCUGACUGGGCCACGAAUCUCGAACUCUGCGACAUGAUCAGCAGUGGCAGGGUGAACAGUGUGGAGUUCAUUAGGGGCAUAAAGAAAAGAUUUAUGUGCAAGAUCCCCAGGGUUCAGUACUUGACUCUGGUGCUGCUUGAGACCUUCGUGAAGAACUGCGAUAGGGCAUUCUCUGAGGUUGCGGCUGAGAGGGUGCUUGAUGAGAUGGUGAAGUUGAUCGAUGACCCUCUGACUGUGGCCAAUAACCGGAACAAGGUUUUGUUAUUGAUUGAAUCGUGGGGGCAGUCUUCGCAUGAGUUGCGUUAUUUGCCUGUUUAUAAAGAGACUUACAAGGGUUUGAUAGCAAGGGGCAUACGGUUCCCUCCUCGCGAUAUUGAGAAUCUCGGUAAUUUAGUUACUCCUCCAAGGUCAGUGGCAGCUCCUGAUUCCCUAGAACUUCGUAAUGAAAUCCCUGCGCAAAGAUUUUCAGCUGAACAAACGAAGGAAGCAUUCAAUGUGGCAAGAAAUAGUAUAGAGCUUCUGAACUCUGUUUUGUCAUCAUCCCCACUGGAAGAUAUUCUUCAGGAUGACGUAACCAUCACCCUGUCAAGGCAAUGUCGUGAGUCUCAGUACAGUGUUCAGAUGAUUAUUGAAUCUGCGGGUGAUAAUGAGGCGCUGCUAUUUGAAGCACUGAAUGUGAAUGACGAGAUUCAAAAAGUUUUAUCCAAAUAUGAAGACAUGAAAAAACCUGUGGUGGCGCCUCAGAAACCACCACAGCCAAACCUGGUACCUGUGGCUGUCGAACCUGAUGAUUUUCCUGGUGCGGGGGAAGAGGAAGCUUUGAUCAGAAAACAACACAAUGAUCAGAGUGGAGCCCGUGGAAGGAGCAUCAACUUGAUGGAUGAUCUUGAUAACAAGAUUUUUGCAAAUACAUCUGGUAAUUCAUCAGAAGCCCCAAAGGAAAAGCAGCCUACAAAAGAUGAUCCAGUUGCUCAUUGAAUGCAUGAGCACUCGAUAUCACAAGGCUUCUUACGCUCUUACUCUCGGUCAGUGUCAACAUUCUUUCAUUUUUUUUCCUUCCUCUUCUUAACUUAUUUUAGAUCAUAACUAGAGGAAGAAACAAAUUCAUUUCUUUGCAUCUAUCUUACCUUGUUUCGAUUCCGAAACUGGACCCUGUUGAUGUUUUAGAACGUUCAUUGCCUAUUUAUUGAUGUCUCAAGAUCUCACCGAGUGAGAAAUUUUUGCUUGGAACAUCUUCAUUAACUUAA